UUUCGGCCCAGAGGCUGCUGGCUCGCUGGUCGCUCGGUCUCCAAAAGCAGGCAGCAGCAUGCCACGCGCUGCAGUGUCCAAAAGCCGAUUUACAGUUUUAUAUGCCAGUUAUGAGUGCAACCAACAAACAGCGACAACAUUAUUUCCGCUAUGCCGAUUACCCCAAAAAAUCCAAUAAAACGUGCAACGAUAAUUAAGCAGCAAACGGCAAGCUGUCACUAGCAGCAAUAUUAAUGUUAAACUAUAUUAAAGAGGCCAAAACUAAACUCAAAGUGAAAGUGUCAAAGGAAAAGUUGCAUGGCAUCUUUUAGGCGCAGCGCAUAAAAGUUUCGCCUUUCGAUUGGAAUUUCUCCGUGAGGCGUACUUAACGAAGUCGCUGUCGCAGUCGUCGAAGUUGUUGGUGUUGUUGCCCCCGCUCUUGUUUAUCGUCGUUGCCCCCGAGCGCACCAGCAGCAGCUGUUUAAAUGUAUUUUAGUGCCAGCAAACAACAACAGCCAGCCCCAUUGAGGGCCGGCAAUCCAUGGAGUAUUCAAACACAAAGCGUUUGAAUCAUAACGAACAGCAAGAACAAUCGCAACUGCAAACCAGACUUAACUACUUUGUAGGCAGCGGCACGCCUACAACAACUAACGAGCCAGCAGCAGCUGCAACUUUGGGUAGCCAGCGUUGCAUCAACACGCCACCAACCACGCCCAGCAGUCCAUUGCGUGAGCCGCCGCAGAGUCCCUCGGAUGGUCAUAUCUCAUCGCUAAGCUCGCACUCUGCCAGCAGUGACAUCCUAUUGGAAUUCUUUCUCAGCGAAAACGCGCCUAGUAUAUGCCAUAGUCUCAGAUCUGGAAUUCUAAAGGCUUCCAUAACGUUUUUAAUGUGCCUUUGAAAGAGA